AUAAUGAGUUUUUCCUCUUUUCUUACUGAAGAGAUAGCCGUAAAGAUAGUUAUAACCAUUCUUGUCCUGAACUUCGAUAAUUUGUGAAUCAACUGGCCUCUGAAAUCAAUCCGUUGAAUCUUGAACUGCUUAACAGAACCUUGCUUAUCUUUGAAGCCCGAUGUCAGUGUGUGGUGUUUUCAAGUAGUACAAUUGGCAUGAUCCUGCUGAUUGCCAAGAAUUCUUAUGAGUGACUGGUGCUAGUUGUCUUCAUGGGUUGCUACCUUUCAAAGAGAACUAAAAAGACACCUGGGUACGAGGAGCCAACAGUUCUUGCUGCUGAAACACCCUGUGAGUAUGCUUUGUCAAAAGGCUCAUUGUUGCAAAUUCCUGGGUUUGCUGUUAGCGAAGUAGAGGCCUUGUAUGAACUCUUUAAGAAACUAAGCAGUUCAGUCAUUGAUGAUGGGCUUAUUCACAAGGAAGAACUUCAGCUUGCACUAUUCAGGAACAAAAACAAGAGGAACUUUUUUGCAGACAGGAUUUUUUAUUUAUUUGAUGUCAAGCGCAAUGGAGUAAUUGAGUUCGGAGAAUUUGUUCGAUCUUUGGGUGUCUUUCAUCCAAAUGCACCAGUUGAAGACAAGAUCCAUUUUGCUUUCAGAUUAUAUGAUUUACGGCGAACUGGUUUCAUUGAACGAGAAGAGUUGAAGGAGAUGGUAAUGGCACUUCUGCAUGAAUCGGAUCUACUGCUGUCCGAUGACUUUGUUGAAACAAUUGUGGACAAGACAUUUUGUGAUGCAGAUUUGAAAGGUGAUGGAAAAAUCGAUCCUGACGAGUGGAAGGAAUUUGUGUCGAAGAACCCUUCUCUUAUAAAGAACAUGACUCUACCUCAUUUAAAGGAUAUAACUUUGGCGUUUCCCAGCUUCGUGUCAAAAACUGAAGUUGAAGAUUCAGAAAUAUAGCAGAAAGUUAUCAAUCAUGUCAUUUCUAGCUCUAUUCGGGAGAUGUUGGAAUUUGCAUGAGCGUCGAUACAAGAGCUACACAGACUUCAGGUUAAUCACAACCUCCUCAAUGCAGCCAAGAUCUGGUCUGCAGGGUGCAACUUAUUUGCCAUCAUAAACUUCGUUAAUGCAGAAUUGGCACAGCUUAGUUCAGCUCACGUUUUGCAUGUGUAAAUUGCAUUACAGCAUCAGAAAUUUUGCAAAGUGUUUAGAAAAUGUAUAUAGUUUCUGGGGUGGUACUUGGAAGAAGUCUGUUUUAACAGUUAUUUCUCUUUGAAGCAACACUUGACCUGUUCUAUAUAUC